UGCCUAACCAGAAUGUGCAACACUGGAGUUUUCCAUUUGGCCACAGCUACCAUUGACUCUGUGCCUCGGCUACACGUCCACAAACCAAACAAUCAGCAAAGUGUCGUGCAGUUGACACCAACCAGGGUCAGUGUACCUUUUGGCCAAUGGAUUUUGCAGUAUAACGUGGAACCUGACACUCCAAAGCGGAGUAGCCCACUGUUAGCAAAAAGAUAAGUCUAGUUUACCCAUUUUAAACAGUGGAAAACGGAAUACCAGAAACCAACGCUCCACAGUUGACACUCGAGUGCGCGAGGACUACAUUUAUGUUUUUGGGUUGUGUUGCUUUAGCUAGCUAAACUUGCACACCACCGUGGGGACAGUUGGCUAAAGUAGCAACCCAAACGAAUACUCUACGAAGUCAAAUCAUACCGUACGAGGACGAGGGCUGCAAAAUCAUACUUGACCCUAUGAGGGAUGGCUGGUAAAGCUAGACUCCAUGAAGUCCUAGCUCUGAGUCUGUCCAGGCUCUGAGUGGAGGCACUUUCGCUCUGGCAGAAUGAGACUGCAAGGGUGGCCCCAGCGGUCCAUGUGAAGAAGAAGUGGAAGAAGGAGAGGAUGGGUGUCAAUGCCUCCAGCUAUCCCCAUUCGUGCUCACCCCGAUUUGGUAGCAACUCACAGAGCCAGCAGACGUUUAUAGGGACAUCCUCUUAUGGCUCCCAGGGCUAUGGAGGAGAGGGGAAGCUCUACAGCCUGGAGUCUGGCCCCGAGAAGCCCCAGGACAAGAAGAAGAAGAGCUCGGGCCUAGCCACUCUCAGGAGGAGAUUCAUCAAGCGCCGCAAGUCCAGCCGCUCGGCCGACCACGUGCGACAGAUGCGCGAGCUCCUCUCAUGUUGGGAUGUGCGUGACGCAAAUGCCCUGGUUGAGGAAUACGAGGGCACAGCAGCUCUCAAGGAGCUGAACCUGCAGGCGGGACUGGCGCGGGCUGAGGCCCGGAGCCUGCAGCGCGACCUGGCCGCCCUCUACCAGCACAAGUACUGCACGGACGUGGACCUCAUCUUCCAGGAUUCCUGCUUCCCUGCGCACCGUGCUGUGCUGGCUGCCCGCUGCCCCUUCUUCAAGACGCUGCUGUCGUCGUCGCCAGGCUACGGUGCUGAGGUGCUCCUGGACGUGGGCACAGCAGGCAUGGACGCGGCCAUGUUCUCGGCACUGCUGCACUACCUGUACACGGGCGAGCUGGGCCCAGAGGUGGAUGCGCGGCUGCGGAACAUGGACGUGCUGGUGCGCCUGAGCGAAGAGUUUGGCACACCCAGCUCACUGGAGGAGGACAUGCAUGGCCUUUGCGAGCACAUGUGCUUCUACGACUCACUGCUCAGCUUCUCAUCUGACUCGGAGCUGGUGGAGGUCUUCAGUGCCGGGCCUGCUGUUGGGGUAGCAGCUGGGGGAGGAGGUGUAGGAGGAGGACCGGUCACCCAAGGAACCGCGGACGAAGAGCUGCGCGCCCACAAAGCGGUCCUCUCGGCCCGCUCUCCUUUCUUCCGGAACCUCCUGCAGCGGCGCAUCCGCACCGGCGAGGAGAUCACAGAGCGCGCUCUGCAGACGCCCACACGCAUCAUCCUGGAUGAGUCCAUCAUCCCCAAGAAAUAUGCCCGUGUCAUCUUGCACUGCAUGUACACGGACGCUGUGGAGCUAGCACUGGUGCUGAGGGGAAGCCCCUCAGCGGGGAGUCUGGGGGAGGUGCAGGCCCUGGUGGCCGGAGGCAGGGGGGUUGCCAGUCGUGCUGAGGAGGCAAUGGAGCUCUACCACAUUGCCCUCUUCUUGGAGUUCAGCAUGUUGGCCCAAGGUUGCGAGGACAUUGUGGUGGAGAGCAUCUCUCUGGACACGGUGGUGCCCAUCCUGAAGUGGAGCUCGCAGCCCUACGGCUCAAAGUGGGUCCACCGGCAGGCCAUGCACUUCCUGUGUGAGGAGUUCAGCCAGGUCAUGACCUCUGACGUGCUCUACGAACUGGGCAAGGAACACCUGGUGGCUGCCAUCCAGUCAGACUAUUUGCAGGCCAGCGAGCAGGACAUCCUCAAGUACCUCAUCAAGUGGGGAGAGCACCAGCUUAUCAAGAGGAUGGCCGACCGAGAGCCCAACCUCCUAAGUGGCACGGCCCACAGCGUGAACAAGCGGGGGGUGAAGAGGAGAGACCUGGACCUGGAGGAGCUCAAGGAGAUCCUGUCCCCUCUGCUGCCCUACGUCCGCACCGAACACAUACUGCCCCCCCACAGCGAGGUCCUCUCUGACACAAUGAAGAGGGGUCUGAUCAGCACCCCUCCCUCAGACAUGCUGCCCACGUUGGAGGGUGGAAAGGCCAACUCUUGGCUGAGGCAAAAGAGUGCCGGCAUCUACGUGCGACCUCGCCUCUUCUCGCCCUACGUGGAGGAGGCCAAGUCUGUGCUGGAUGAGAUAAUGGUGGAGCAGACAGACCUGGUGCGCCUGCGCAUGGUCCGCAUGUCCAACGUGCCCGACACCCUUUACAUGGUCAACAAUGCUGUGCCCCAGUGCUGUCACAUCAUCAACCACCAGCAAAUCGGUGGCAGCCAGACGACCCCACCCUCAGUGGUGGCCAAUGAGAUACCAGUUCCCAGGCUGGCCGUGGUGAAGGAGAUGAUCCGGAGGCUGCAGGACCUGCGUCACACGGACCAGGUACAGCGUGCGUACGCCCUAAACUGCGGCGAAGGUGCCACGGUUAGCUAUGAGCUGCAGAUCCGCGUGCUCCGCGAGUUCGGCCUGCCGGACGCCGCCGCAGAACUGCUGCAGAACCCUCACAAGUUCUUCCCGGAGGAGCGCUUUGGCGACGAGAGCCCCGUCCUAGCGCUGCGCCAGCCGUCGGGUGGCAGCCGUAGUGGAGGGCGUUGCCGGGUCAACAGCAGCCCAGUUGUGGAGAGCAUGUUCACCGAUCUGGAGGCCAUGGCGGGCUUCCACCCACCGCUGCCCCCUCCCCCGCCGCCUUAUCACCCACCGGCCACGCCCACUCACAAUGCCCAGCUCAAAGCCAGUGGGUGGAGGCCUGGCCGUGCCCCCAGCCAGCCCCCGUCACGCUCUUUCUCCUACCCCUGCAACCACAGUCUGCUCCACCACACAGCGAGCUCCUCCUCCAAGCAUGGCAGCCCCGCCUACCCACCGGCGGCCAAGCCCCUGCCGCCAGACUGCACCAAUCGCCAGGGCGGGGGGGUACGCACCCAGCAUCAGGAUAAACAAGGGAACGUGGCGCCGGUCAUUAACGAGUUCAUGCCGGACAUUGCCAUGGGCGUGUCGGCCAUGACCCUGAAGGAGCGUCGCCUGCCCGAGGUCACCAUGGAGGUGGAGCCUCACGAGCCGCACCCUCACCCCUCCACGGCCCCUCCUGCUGUGCCCCACUGCCACCUGGGCCUGAACCGCCACGGUCCGUAUGCCUCCCGCAAGAGGCACGCUGCCGAGCCCAAGCCCGAGGCCCAGGCGUCGGAGUAUCCUGACUUGUACGAGUUUCCCGGGCGCCACGUGAGCUCCUUCGCCGGGCCGGACCUCUACAGUCACAGUCGAGUUCCUUCGGGAGGGGGCCUUGUCCCUCCACAGUACUCCCCCGACGAACAGCAGCCAAACCCCUGCCGCGGCCCAGUCGGCACCCCACUCCGCCUGGAUGUUCUGGAGCAACCCCCCCAGAGACUAGAUCUGGCUCUGGCCAUGCAGAGCGGAGGAGUUCAAGCAGCCGGAGCAUCACACAACCCAAGAGGACGCGCCCGAACUGAAACAGACCUCACUUGCGGACUGGGACAGGCGCGGCCCGCAGAACCUUACUCCGAGGAGGUGGUGGGGGCCAGGGACCGCAGGUCGCCCAACAAACCUGAGUACCCUUACAGGAAGUCUGCACUCUGACCCUCCGCAACUAAGACUGUCAGAGGCCUCGGGAAAAGGCAAGAGCGCUAAAGGACGGUUCGCUAUAGGGGGAUUUGGGGUUGAUGGCUUAGCAUCAGUGGUUGGCAGUGUCUCCAGUGACAGAGUGGUCAUACUCGCGCUCAGUUCAGGGCAAAGGCACUAAGCACACAUAGUAGUAGUCCCCCCCCUCCCCCGGCGAGCCCCAGGUGCUGCACCAACUAACGAGAUACGGUGGUCACAGUGCCUUCAGCACAGAGCCAUGGUGGGGGAUGAGGAGGAAAGGCUUGGUUUGGUUGAGAAUUAUUUGUCCAAAUAGAUUAGUCUCAUGAAUUAACAUAAUGGGUCCUAGCCCUUCCCAUCUCCCAGAUUGGAUCCACGCUCAACUGCUUAUCCUCCAAUCACCUUUAUUCUUCUCAAAAUGAGUCUUGACUGGUCAUCGAACUUGAAUAAAUCCUUCCCUUUCCGCCCAGUGUUUUGGAUUUUGACAACGCACAGUCAUCGUUUCAUUUCCAUUAUACUAAUUUCCUGCAUCAGGAUGAGGGUACUGUAGAGUUAUAUAUUUAUAUUUGUGUCCCGGUAUGCUUUCCUUAGAAAUACAUUGAAAAAUGCCCAGGCAAUGAGUUGCAAACUCAUUUCAGCAACCUGCCCAUUACAAAUAGCUCCUCCUUUUGAAAAAGGUGGAAUUGCAGUAAUAACACUUGUAAUCCUUUAUGACCCACGGGCUGUGUGUCAGGAUGGGCAAUAUAAGAUUUGAGCAAGAGCACAAAGAGGAGAAGAGAAACACAAAUGAAAUCUUCCUACUACUACCAAUGUGGCUACAAGGCAGGAAUAAUAAUUGCAUAGCUGCUUUUAUUAGAAGUGACUCUAGAAGUCAUCCACUUUGCAUACCCAUAGUUAAUGUGAGUGGUAGCCACUGCUCAGCGCUAUCUCUUGGUCCUCUCCCAACACUUACACUUUGCAGAUGUCCUUUUUACCUUAACCUCACUGUAAUAUUCAAUAGCCUGAGUGCUGGGCACUGUAAGUCGUUUGAACCCGGGCUAGUAUUCCAAACCACGUUUCCCACUUUAUUGAUCUAUUACUGUCGAUUGGCCAGAAUGUGCAUAUACACCUGGUUUCCGGGGUCUAAAUUCAACCUCAAUAAUUAAAACGGGAUAGCAACAGCAAAUCAAGAACUGAAGUAGAAUAUCCCUGCCUUAACCCAACAGCAAUUUGUGGAGAUUUAUCAAGAUGCAGGCCCCAUGACUGUGCCCCUCUGCCUUUUCAUGGCCGGCGGCCAUCUUGGAUAAACUUCAACCAAACCAAAGCCCAGUUCCUCAAUCCAAUGACUCCCUGUCUCCCUCCAUGGCGAUCUGAACAAGACUGCUUCGGUCACCAUCCUUACUUUGACGUACUGUACCCAACAACCAACAAUUGUGAUGAUGUCAAUGGAGGUUUGUGGAAGGAUAAUUAAAGCGGGGGGGAAACAGUUAAAUGGUUCCUCUUGAGGAAUUUUUUAUGUCCUGUCCACUGGGCGAAAAGACUUACUCACUAAACCAGCGUAGCUUCAAUUAAAACAUGCUCACUCAUAGGUCCUCCCUUUCAAUUCAGAAUCUCAACACAUUUUCCAUCCCAUUUUUCACUAGCCCCUGUUGCGCCGCAUUGUCAAAAAAUUACAUUGACUUGGGUUCACUGUAAUUAUCUUCCUUCUGUUACCAUCUCCUCGCACACGGAGAAAUUAAAUUGCUGUAUUGUGCCCCUGCUAUACUACCAUUCACACAUUCUCUAAUAUUUUCUUCCGUUUUCCGUUGCGCGCCCUAAUGAACAUGACCUGGCUCUCUGUAUAAUGCUGAUGCCUCAUGUUUGUCUGCGAGGCAGAGACUCACCUCUGAUGGUUAGCAAAUUAUGUUUCUCUCACAGAAAACCUCACACGAAUACCUUUUAUCUCAGCAGUCGAAAUUACUAAUUUCUGUAUGCCCUUUCAGCAUGCGAUGAUUCUCAAGGCAGAAGGUACUGGUACCUGGUUGGUCAACUGCAGGGAGACAGACUAUAGUUACUGUGUAAGGCGUUUGCCUCGUCAGUUUCGUAAGUUGGAUGAAGUCCUCCAGUUGGUUUUGGUGCAUUCAUGCAUGUAUGAAUGGUGGGACAUGGAAUAUUCUUUCUAUCAAUUCAUGAAUGAGGUCUGAUUGGGAAGCAGGUUGGGAUAAGGUUGACUAAGUAUGUUUGCAGGCUUUUUGAUAUGGCUUUUUGUCUCCCCUCGCUUUCGAUGGUGGCGACUUGAAGACUAAUGUAUAUCACCAAGACAUAGGAGAUGAGUAUCAAUUAGAAUUUAUUUUGAUUGUCAGUGGCAUGCUCAGAACCUUCGUUUGGGUCUUGUGUCAAGAGGGUCAAAAGUAGCAUCCAUCAUCUGAUAUGAGUUAUCCCUCGAAUGGCUCUGUUGUUUACUUUUCCAUUGCUCUCUCCUCCACCCCCCUUCUGGGCUCAUUGGCAUUUGAUGGUGCUAUUCCUCAAUCCAAACUUGGGUCCCUUUCUGUUCUUUGUCUUAGCCUGGUCCCAGAUCUGUUUGUGCUCUUGCCUACUCCAUUGUCAAGCUAAAUGUUUGGCAUGACAAUUCCAUAAGGACCUGGUAAAAGAGCAGAAACGGACUUGCAACCAGGCUAUGUCUUGUCUCCCCAGACUUCUUCACUUGCUAUAGACACUCCACAGUACUUUAACCCCAAUCGCUCUCAUUUUAUGCCAAGCAUUCCCUCAUUUGAACCUCUGGAACUCAUGUACUGGAAUGCAAAUUAUUAGAACUGUACAGUAGUGCUAAUAUCUUUGAGAUCUAUCUUGAUGUCUCUGUGGCUGUUUUGCUAAGAUCAUAACCUGCAGAAGAUUGUUUUCCUUGGCUUUUCUGCUAAUCGUUUCGACCUCCCGCUGGUGAGGGCUCACUGCUGACGCUGCUCGAAACUAGAAGGGGUGGUGUGUGUGUGUUCACACGUGUCAGUGGGUGUGUGUUGUUAAUGCUCUGUUCUCCGCCUUAGGGGAUGAGCUCAACAACAACUAAACCAUUGUCCAUAGUGGGCUCUCUCUUACUAAUGACCGUGGACAGUACUGUAGCUAUUAUGGUUGUGGAAGAGGAAGGAUGUCUUGGGUAGUUUGAAUCAUUUCUAUUUUUGGGUGCUGGGUUUUAGUAUGGGUAAGUUUUUUUUCAUAAACAUUUUCGAAGACCUAACUACUCUGUAAUAUGAGACUGUCAGUCUAUAAGGAGGGGAGAGAAAAAAGUGAGCGUGUCAGCGCAGCCCUUUGCAAACAAUGGGCCUGUCACUGUGACUGCUGCAGCAGUGAGCUUAGAAGAGAGUUCGCCCUCUCAGCAACCUCCUCCAGACCCCUCUGUACCUUAGCCUUAUCCUCUCACUUAAUGCCCAGAGUACCCCCACGGAGACAUUUUGCCGCACCGUACUGCAGCCCCUGAGGCCAGAGCCUCCCUUUCCUCCCAGCAGACCGCCAAGGUCAUCCAGACCUGACCUACAGAAGAUGGAGGGAGAGGCGGAGAUGGAGGGAAGGAGAUGGGACAGCCAUGGGAGUGGGACAAAAAUAUGAAAGAUAUGAGAGAACCAUGAGAUGUUAUCUCCCGCUUUUCCCAUUAGCGAAGGGCUCCCCCGGCAGUAACGUAGAGAUAGGAGCUUCAGAUCUAAUAAACACGUUGCCCCCCUCCAAGCAGCAGGAAGGGAAUGCCAGGCCAUGCUCUAUUGGCCCACUUUUCUCCUGGGCUUGUUUUAACCUUAAAGGGAAGGUCUUCACCCCGAGACCCUGUGUGAUAAAGUGAUAACCAACCAGGCACGUUGGAAUCUGAUUCUGCAGCCCCUGAGGAUUGCAGCCGGAGGUCUCUUGAAUCGAAUAACAGUCAAAUAAAAUCUACUGAUGCAGCUUUCCGCAAACUGGCAAAUCCAGGUUUGAGCUAUAUUCGUUAUGUAUUUGGACUCAUUAACUAAUUUCCUAGCCAAAAUAGUUACCCGUUUACUUUACUAAAACUGCACAUGUAUGAGAUGAUUGCUAUGCUAAUAUAGUUAUGAGUUUAUGGCAGUUUGGCAAAUACAGGUGGUAUGAUCUGUUUUCUCUCCCAAUACUAGUGUGAGCACAUUCUCACUGACACAGGUAUGAAUUGAUUUUGUUGGUCAUUCAGGUAUGAGCUCAUCUAUUUUAUUGGAAAAUGCAGAGGUCUCUUUGAAGUGUAGAGAUGACCCCCUGGUCUGCCCUGAACAGUGUCUCAUCUGUGCUGAGGAUGAGGGCUUGACUCCUGGCUUUGGACAGAGUGAGUAGACGAGCAUUACCAAUCCUGCAGUUUGUACGUUCUUUUUGUUGCCUUUCAUGGUUUAGGCUAGAUGACUAAUUCCAUUGUAUUGUAAUAUUGUGUGUUAUACCACAAUGGUUGGACAAACAUGACUGUUGCAAUAAAGAUGAAAGCUGGUAACCCACGGACUGUUAACCCUUUAGAGAACCAAUAUGAUGAUGCAUACCCACUAAUUUGAUUCAGAAUGAUAAGACAUUGACAGCAACUUGUACAGAGGGCCUCACUAUUGCACUAAAAGUAUAAUCUCAUAACAGUAUUGUAUGUUUGUUUUCACUGAUGAGGAGCACUCCUGUAGGUAGAAUGGAGAUGUUCAGUUGAUUGUCCUCUUGGGUAGUUUGAGUUUGGUGAGUGACACAUUUCCCUUCAGUAACCACGUUUCUGAGUAGUCAUACAGUAUUUUUUUUUAAAUACAUCAUGACAGCUGUGAUAGAACGCAGAAGUUGUGGUAAAAUGUUAUAAAUGCUGACAAAUCAUUUUGUUUGACAUGGUGGGAUCUUUUUGUCUGUAAAAUUAAUUAUGCAAGCAAUGGAAGUGGAAAUGCCUUUAUGCGCAAAUAUUGAUAUAAUAACCAUCCUCCCACUAUGACCCGUGAAAGCAUGUAGUUUAUUAGGCUACAGAUUAAAUACAUGAUGAUGAACUUCACAGGGUGUUGAAAGUGCAAGGUGAUGAGCUUGAUGCUCCUUUCCAAUAAAUAUUGAGGGUUUUAUUCUGGUGACAUGAUGAUGAUCGAUGCUUGACUGCCGUUUGACAAAUAAAAAAUGUUGUUGUUAUCCAUAAUAAUCUCAUGUAGACUAACAUACCCGCAAGCUGUUAGCGAGAGCGCUUGAGUCAAGACCAGAGUAGGUACAUUUGCUGUUUAACGCAACGUUUUUUGUGACAAAACUAUCGGUAGAGUUGAAAAUGUGAUGGAAAACCGACAAACUUUAGAUUUUUAUUCGGUACAUAAAAUUUAAGCGAAAAAGUACAUUUUGUGUGCACUGUCAUCAUGCACUGCUUUUUAUCUGCAACAAGUCUGUUUGGUGGAAACUUGCAGAUUUUAGAAUAUUUGCAUGAAAAUCUGUCACCGUUUAUUGUAAACCUAGCUAUUAUCUAUAAAAAAGUACUAUGGUAUGUUACCUUUGCAUUAUGAGUUGACUUUAAUAGACCCUUAAUUACAUGAUCAUGUAAGAUACUGUAUUUAGAGAUGCACUCACACUUUCUCUAGGUUUUCACAAGGACCAGGUUGGGGACUGGGUAUGUAACAGGCUGAUACCGUACUGUGCUGUAGCCAACUCUUCUAUUGUUGUCAAGCCGUAUGUACAUGUUUGGCAAGACAGCGAAUUAACGCGUACUUCGCUAAAGCACAAAAAGAUCUGGACCACCAGGCUAGAUAUAAUAACCCAUUUCCUGCUUUCUGGUUUGCAUUAGGACAUCGGAUAUCAGCGUCAACGGGAGGUUUCUUAAUUUAAGACUGUUCUGUCGGUUCCUCUAGAUUCUCCUUUAGCUCCCCCUCCCUCCCUCUCGUAUGGAGACGAAAGAGUGCCUUCCCUGCCAGUGGCUGGGCAUCCUUAUCUUCGUCCUAUGCAAACAUUUUCUACCAGCCCACUCAACCAGUCUCUUUGUAAUAGUGUAGCCAAUGCUUCAUAUACAUAGUGGUUUCAAAGAGUAUUUUUUUAUUUUAGGUACUUUUGAACAGUCUCUGAAAUGUUGUUUUGUUGUACAUAUACAUUUUUCUAUAUAUAAAACAAAUAUGUCACGAGAAAAAAAGCUUUCUCGUAGACUUAAGGAAUUGUGGAAAGUCUAUUUUUCUACUCUUCUCAGUUGGGAUUGUAACAGUGGUGAACUCAAAUCUGCAAUUUAGGUGACUGACAUCUUCAAAAUAAACAGCUUUGAUAAAAAUUA